CCAUUGUGAAGGAUACCAACCAUGAAUAUAAUGUUGCUGAAUAUGGUAAAACUGCACAGCUUAUUGAAGUGUCUAUUUUUUCCACUGCAGGAGUUUGAAGAUGCAGCAAGCCUGGCAGUGAGAACAGAAGGAAUUCUCCUUAAAGAAGUUGGACAGUCUGAAAUACUGACAAUGUCUAUUAUGGAUCAUAGCCCCACCACCGGAGUGGUGACUGUUAUUGUUAUUUUGAUUGCUAUUGCAGCUCUUGGUGCCUUGAUACUGGGCUGCUGGUGUUACCUGCGUCUGCAGAGGAUCAGCCAGUCUGAAGAUGAGGAAAGCAUUGUGGGAGAAGGAGAAACCAAAGAGCCCUUUCUUCUGGUGCAGUACUCUGCUAAAGGACCUUGUGUAGAGAGGAAAGGUAAGCUAACUCCAAAUGGCACAGAAGUACAUAGCUAACUUGGAGCAACCCAUGUAUAUGGACUUAUGAUGUGCGUAACUGGCAGAAGAAUCUCUCCUGUGAAGAACCUGGUCACAUGCACGCUACUCAUCACAAAAUACCCUGAUGAGGAUUACGUAAGCUUUGUUAGCAACUGCAUGCACUGAGAAGUUGCACUUUGCAUCAACUGUGUAUCCCCAUUCCUCUGUGACAGGAGCUGACCCACCUGCCAUAAUGUCCAUUGCUGGCAAUGGAUAUAGGGAAAUAUUGGUGUGAAGAGACUACUAGUGUUUUUGUUACUUGAAUGUUUAGCUGAGCCUAUUUUGAUGGAGCUACUACUGUAAUGUGAACUACUUUACAACUGUGAACUGUAAAUAAGCUGCCAGAAGCUUUCUGCUUUGUGUUCCACAGCAUAUGGGAAUAUAUGAUGCAACUGUACAUAACACAUGAGGACUGCUGAACCACAACCAUAGCUGGGAUUCCAGACUUUCAAAACCAAAUCUGCAGUUAAAGCUUGCUUCUGCUAUUAAUUUGAGUGCACAGCCAUGAAGUCAGAACUCCUCUUAACAGUUUAUUGAACUGAGGCAGAGUACCUUCUUUGAAAAUAAGGUACAAUCCUUCAGUAACAUGGUGACGGAGGAAACACAGGAGCUACAAGAAAGGAAGUGACUUUCUUUAGUUGCAGCUACGUAGGUUAAGCUUUUGCCUGCUAGAACUGAGUCUUCUACCAUGUAGCUACUGCAAGGAAACUGCCAUUUUGAUGGAUACCAGCCUAGGAACUAAUGAUGGAUACUGAACCCUUGGGGACAGUCCAGAAGGUUUCCAGCAGUUUGAAAUGGCAGUAGAGCAGGCUUUUCUCUUCUGCAGGUCUGCAUGCUGAAACUGCAGAAGUGGUUACUUAAGUGCAACUAGUAUGACAUUUUCCUAGAGCUCCUGUUUGUGUACUUAGCAGUUAUGGUAUAUGUUAACAGCCUGUUGUAAAAAGGCAUUUUACUCUACAAACAGUUAACUAUAGAAUUCAAUUAACAUAUCUUGUAGAUAACUCUCUUGAUUUAACUGUACUACUAGAAGAUAAUUUCAGGCUUUCCUAUAAAAAGGAGCAAGGAGAUUUGCUGUUCAGUUUGUAAAAGUUCUUAGCUAGCAAUGGCAAAGUCCUUACAAAUAUAGACACCCCUUGCAGAUCCUGCUUUGUGCUAUAGUUAAGCUAUAGGAACUGUAAUAAGAUGUCUUAAAGAGAUUGUCCUAGACCUCAAAGGUUUAGCAGGAGGACAGGGGACAAAAAGGGGAGGAGAAAGAACAACACUGAGCCACCAGUGGCAGCUUACAUAUUCUAAAACUCUUAGGGUAGGCACACUUGCUUUGAGGCCACUGACCUGUUUUCUAGCUUCCUUUGCCUACAGAAACUUUUAAACACUUAAUUGCCUAGGAGAGAAAAAUUCUGUAAAUCUGUUCCCUGAGAUAAGUUACAAAUAAUGAAGUUCAAGUUCUUCAGCUAUACAGACAUCAUUAGACUAGCUUCUUGUACCUGUACAUAUGGAGUAAGUAACACAAGCCUAGCAAGCUUCCUUGAGAACUCUAACUAUACGCAAGACAGUAACAGCCUAGCCAAAAAGUCUUGCCCCUUUCUUCUGCAGUAAGAUGUUGACUUAAAAAGGCAAACGUAGCACUAAAAAUUAACUGAAGGGUAUAAUUUGAAGCAAAAUUAACGCUGUCAAGUAGCAGAAAGCUCCUGCUGUUGCCUCUUGACUACGAUAUGGGGUACAGCUUUUUACCCUGCCACAUGCUUUUCUGGAACAUAUUAGUCUCAUGAGACUUGCAUGUAUAGCCAGGCUCAUAUGCUUAAACUGUCAUAUUCUAGACCUCUUACAAAUCAAGAAGAAAAGGAUUAAUUCAGUAAGACUCCUUCGUUUUCAGUAGAGAACAGUUUACACAUGGCUCUUGCAGGUUUCAAGACAGUCAAGUAACUGGUAUACAAAAGUGAUACGAAGUGCUGAAGUUCUAGAACAGAAUAGUUGUAGCAAGAUGACUUUGUCCAUUCAAGUUCACUGAUUACACAGAUGAAGUAUCUCUUUUAAUUCAGCAAAGGAAAUGCAGUGUAAAGGGCAAACUUCAGAAAUCAUGGAAAAGUAGAAAUCAAAGGUCUAAUUUCUCUUCUAGCAGCUGUAAGAGAAAGCCAGUGAAAAAUAACUGGUUCUGAGUCAGAAGUGCUUCACACUGCUGCCCCUAAAAAUCACGAUCUUCAAUUUAAAUGGAAAAUUUGCAAGUUAGUGCAAUAGUAAAGUGCAGAAAGUGUUUUCCAUUCUCCUCUUCUCUUUAGAUGUGGGUAUCUAGUAAGUUGUUCAAGUAUACAAAAAUAUUCCAUUUGAUUUUUCUUUUUCUAGAUCAUGUGGGGGAAGAAGUCUUUAUUUACAAUGAAUUUCAAUAAAAUUUGCAUAAAUACCUACCCAA